CUGCUGACGUGUGCAGUACACUUUUGGAGCUUUAUGUAAAAUUAAAGAACUAUCCUUCUUUUUCUAUUUUCGCUCUUCCGAAACUGGCCCUUUGUAGACUGUACAGUUAGUGCAAGAUAUUAGUACUCCUUUAAGUGAAGGAUUCAAGAUUUAGACCAGCAAGUCCAGUGUAUCAUUGUAUCCACUACUCCUUUGUGAUUAUAGGUUGUCUUUAUUUCUUCUGUUCCACUUGUAAUUGGCAUCUGGCAUGGGACAGUACAAAUUAGCAGCGAAAUUCGUGAGCUGAGUCAGAAAAAUGGGCGCUUGUGUAUCAACUCCAGGCCAUACAAUCAAAGUAAAGAAGAGACACCGUCGUCGCCAUAGAAAAUUCCGUGGAAAGAAUUUGAUCUCUCUUGCAGAAGGAACCAGGAGAAGAAACAGUGACGUAGGACCACAUAUUGCUGUUAGUGAGUUUGUUAGAAGAUCUGAGGUCUCCAGUUCCAAAUACCAUCUUACUCAGUUGCAGUGGCAUCAUACUCAAACAGAUGCUACUGUUCUUAGCCAAGAAGAAGCAUGGUUUGACACAUGCAGCAAUGUUGACUCCGACUCAGAUGAUGACUUCAGUAGCGUCCAUGGAGAUCUAUUCCCAAAAACUGGACAAGUGCUUCAAUAUGAAACUUCAUCGUGUUUUAUGGAUAACAACCUUAAGUACAAGGAGUACCACGAAAGAUAUCUCAAGAUAGAUGGCAGUAGAUCAGAUAAGUUUUUGCUCAAAGAUGGAGUUCAUAGUCCAAAAGGACUUGCACUUAUAGGUGGUCAGGGCUAUGAAGUUCCGUCCCUCGGGAAGCACGAAGUCCUUGGCGCCCAAAGAAAGAAAUAUUUGGACCGCGCAUAUGGAAGUUUUAAUGGCGUUAAAGAGGAUAAACUCGGUAUGCUGGAGAAAACUCAAGAGAAUGUGCUCAAGACUGUCUUACCGAAGCUGGUCACUUCCUUGAGUUUCAACGAACAGAUCAUUAGUGCAUCAAAUUCAGGUCAAGUUUCUCAAGUAAAGCAAUCAACUAUAAGGCUUUCUCUAAAGAGAACAUCUGUCGAUGGCAAAGAAGAUGAUAAAUAUUGUGCGUCAACAAAAAAAUAUCUUUACCGUCCCAGGGCCGGGCUGCAAAUUCCUUGUUGUACAGAAGAAAAGCUAACUGCAGGAAGUUGGUCAAAGAUUGAUCCCUCAAACUUUAAGCUACGUAGUGAUAGUUAUUUCAGGGACAAGAGAAAAUGCCCUGCUCCAAAUGUGUCUCCUUAUAUUCCUAUUGGGGUUGAUCUAUUUGUGUGUUCUAAAAAGAUCAAUCACAUUGCACAACACCUUGUGCUUCCCUCUGUAAAAGGAGAUGGAAAAUUUCCUCCAUUACUUAUUGUCAAUAUUCAGUUGCCCACUUAUCCCGCUUCGAUGUUCGUUGGUGAUGCUGACGGGGAAGGCUUGAGCCUUGUAUUAUAUUUCAAAAUAUCUGAAACUUUUGACAGAGACAUUUCUCCCCAGUUUCAGGACAGCAUCAAGAGAUUAGUUGAGGAUGAUAUGGAAAAGGUUAAAGGAUUUGCAAGAGAAUCAUCUGUUCCUUUUAGAGAGAGGUUGAAGAUUAUGGUUGGAGUGGUUAAUCCGGAUGAGCUUGUUUCAACUGCUACUGAAAGUAAGCUUUUGAAUGCAUACAACGAGAAGCCUGUGCUUUCGCGCCCUCAACACAGCUUUUAUCAGGGGCCAAAUUACUUCGAGGUGGAUCUUGACAUUCAUCGCUUCAGCUACAUUGCAAGAAAGGGACUUGACUCUUUUAGGGAGCGUUUAGGAUUUGGGAUACUGGAUCUUGGAAUAACAAUUCAGGCGCAGAAGCCAGAGGAGCUACCGGAGAAAGUGCUUGGAUGUAUGAGAUUGAACAAGAUUAACUUUGUUGAUAAUGGCCAAAUACCAACACUUAUGUGUGUUGAAGAUUCAUUUUCAGAUUGAUAUGAUAUUACAACUGACACCAGCAUUUGGAGUGGAGUCUUCAAAUAGUCCCCCUUGUAAUUAAGCAAUUCCAGUUUUCUAUAAAUGACAUAUUUUAUAAGAGCCGACAAAUAUAUGUUUUUGAUAGAUGACAGACUACUAUCAUGUUAAUACAACUAUUUGGUUACAUCCAAUUUUGCUGAUGAGAUAAAUACAUAAGGGUUAUUUUUGAGAGCCUGUCAUUUUGUAUUUUUCAUUUUUGUUAACAUGUGUGAACAGAGGCAGAUCUAGGAUUUAAAGGUGGCGGGUGCCAUAAUUUUCUUCAA